CAGUCAACAACAGAGGUCGACGUAAUCACUUAUCAAAGCGAAUAUAACCUAACUUUUAUAUGUUGCAUGUGUUGUGUUUUUGUGAAUCAAGUAAAUUUAUCAAAUAAUGUCCGAUAAAGAAAAGAACACCAUUAAAAAUAAGAAAAAAGGCAAAACCAAGGUAAAAGUAUUUCAGAAGAAGAAGAAACCACCAACUUCAGAAUCAACGUUCAUAGAAAACUUGCAACAGCAAUAUGAAAACAUUGAUACCGAAGCGAUUAAUAGCUUUGCGGACUUACCUUUAUCCCCAAAAACUUUAAAAGGUCUAAAAGAAUGUGGUUAUACUAAACCAACCGAGAUUCAAAAAGAAACCAUUAAACUCUCUCUUACUGGAAAGGAUAUACUUGGGGCAGCUCAAACUGGGUCUGGUAAAACCCUGGCCUUUCUGAUACCUAUUUUAGAGAGGCUGUUUUGUAAGCAAUGGACAAGCUUUGAUGGUGUUGGGGCCUUGGUAAUCACACCCACCAGGGAACUGGCGUAUCAGAUUUUUGAGGAACUGAGAAGAGUUGGAGAACAUCAUGAAUUUUCCGCUGGUUUAAUCAUCGGAGGGAAAGAUUUAAAGUUUGAGAGGAAUAGAAUGGAUCAAUGUAAUAUUGUAAUUUGUACACCAGGACGGUUAUUACAGCACAUGGAUGAAAACCCGCUGUUUGAUUGUGUAAAUAUGGAGAUACUGGUCUUAGAUGAAGCUGAUCGGUGCUUAGAUUUAGGUUUUGAACAAACAAUGAAUGCAAUAAUAGCGAAUUUACCGGCAAAGCGCCAAACGAUGUUGUUUUCUGCAACACAAACAAAAUCAGUAAGAGAUCUCGCAAGAUUGAGUUUAAAAGAUCCAAGUUAUAUAUCUGUACAUGAACAUUCUGAGUAUAGCACACCUAAAGGGUUGCAACAAAGCUAUGUAGUAUGUGAACUUAAAGAUAAAGUUUCCAUUCUUUGGAGUUUUAUAAAAAAUCACUUGAAACAAAAAAUUAUUAUAUUUUUUGCUAGUUGUAAGGAGGUUAAGUAUAUUUAUGAAAUUUUUUGCAAAUUAAGACCUGGUGUAAGUCUGAUGCCUUUAUAUGGGACACUUCACCAGUUAAGAAGAAUGGAUAUUUAUGAAAAUUUUUGCAAAAAAACUUCAGCUGUUCUUUUUGCAACAGAUUUAGCUGCUCGUGGUUUAGAUUUUCCAGAAGUGCAUUGGGUCGUUCAGGCAGAUUGUCCAGAGGAUGCCGCUACAUACAUCCAUCGUGUUGGCAGAACAGCAAGGUACCACAGAGGGGGGGAAAGUUUACUUUUGCUACUACCAACUGAGCGGCAAAUGCUGGAAAAUUUAAAAGAGAGAAAAAUACCAAUAGAAAAAAUAGACAUCAAUCCAAUGAAACUUAACAAUCCAGUACGAAAAAUGGAGGCGUUUUUGGCAAAAGAUCCAACACUGAAAGACACAGCGCAGCGCGCUUUUGUGUCUUACGCCAAAUCCGUGUUUCUAAUGAAGGAUAAAAAGGUGUUUGAUGUACAGUCUCUGGAUACUGAUUCAUUUGCAAACUCUUUGGGGUUAGCGGUACCGCCACGAAUUCGAUUUUUGCAGAGGUUAAAUGCGAGAACUGGAAAAAACAUACAAAAUAAUAAUAAAGUGUACUUUAAUGAUGAUAUUGAAGAACAAUCUGAAAAAGUUUCAAGUGAUAGCGGUGUCAGCGAGGAGGAGAAGUCUACCCCAUUUCAUGUGUCAGAUGACAGUGAAAGUGAUGACGGUCUUUUAAAAGUGAAGAGGAAAGAUCAUGAUAUAGACUUACCUUCAGAAUUUGAGUUACAAGAAAACACUAGGAACACUAAGAAAAAAGCCGUAACGAAGGCUGCAGUUGUUAAAAAACUGUUGAAGAAGAAAAUUGUAUCCAAUAAGAAGAUUGUCUUCAAUGAUGAGGGUAAAGCACUGGCUGUUGGUCAGGAUAAGAGAUCAGAAUUGGCUCAACAGUAUGAAAAUGAAGAUGCUGGAGGCAUUGACAUUGAAAGGGCCAAAUUAGUGUUAAGGGAAGAAGAUAAGUUUGAUAAGCAGUUGUUUAAAGACAAAGUUAAAGCCAAACAUAAAGAGGAAAAGCGAAAGUUGAAAGCUAAGAAGAAGAAGGAAGAAGAGGAAAAGGAUGAUUUUGGAGAGUCUGAAUCAGAAGAGGAGCCUGAUUUGUCCUGGUUGCCAGAUCCAGAUAAAAUUUACGGUAAAAAAAAUGACGAGGAAGAGCCGCAACAAGUUAGUGACGAAGUAUCAAUAAAAAAGAAGAGCAAGAAACGACCGCUGAAGCAGGAAAAAACGGAAGCAGAGUUGCCCCCUAAAAAGAAGAAGAAAAAGAAACUGAAAGAGAUUAGUACAGAUUUAAGUGUGAAUGAAGCAGAGGAAUUGGCGAUGAUGUUAUUGAAGAAAAACCAAUAGAUCUGUAUAUAAGUUUAUAUUUAAAACAAAUAAACCAUAAAAAUUAACUUUCUUCACAAGAGCAAUCUUCAA